UGUCCCAUCCGAUAUUUCUGUCAAAUUCGCUCACAUGUGCGUUUAUCUAGAUGUGACAGCGUUAAAAACAUUAUUUCUAAGUUGACAUGCCAAAGAAAAUAUCUGCGCUUUUAAUACUGACAAUUAAUUUAUUAAUUAGUGAUGUAUGUGUGGGUUCAAAUGGCGAUACUUCUCGUUAUUAUAGACAAUGUCUAUCUACAUGCAAGACGUCAAGUAGAGAAAGGGACAUUGAUUUAGCGGAACCAGGUUUCUUUACUUCACGAACGUUAUUGUCUUCGCAAGAUGAUUGCAAAUACACUUGUAUGUGGGAUACCGUAAACUAUUUUACUUCUCGCGGGCUCCAAGUACCUCAGUUCCAUGGAAAGUGGCCAUUUAUCCGAAUGUUUGGUCUACAAGAACCUGCAUCGGUGCUGUUUUCUGUACUGAAUUUUUUUGUCAGUUGGAAAAUGUAUGGAGAAUUUAGGAAAGAAGUUCAAUUCGAUACACCGAUGUACCUCGUGUGGAGUUACUUUUCAUUGGUUGGUUUACACGGCUGGCUUUGGUCUAGCAUAUUUCAUGCUCAGGACAAUGCGUUCACAGAAGCAAUGGAUUACUCUUGUGCAUUUGGUAUCGUGUUAACUUUACUAUGUUGUUUGUUAUUUAGGUUAACAUACAAGCGUCGUAAGGUACUCUUCACAAUAAUCUGCGGCUAUGUCAGUAUGCUGUAUACACAUUUGUCCCAUUUGUGGUCUGGACGAAUUAAUUACGGUUAUAAUAUGAAACUCAAUAUACUUCUAGGACUCGUCACAUCUAUUAUGACUCUGGUAUGGUGGUAUCGUAAUUAUAAAAGAUUAGAGCACAUACGCUUAAUCGGUUGGUUUAAUGUACUGAGCGUAUCUUCCACGCUUUUAGAAGUAACAGAUUUUCCACCAAUCUUCUGGAUAUUUGAUGCACAUUCCCUUUGGCAUGCUUCUUCUGCCCCGUUGAUUAUACUGCUGUACAGGUACGUCUACUACAUAUUUUAUAUCUUUCUUUGUUUUUUAGUAACCUUCCUUAACAUAAAUAAUUUCACCUUACAUUUUAGGUUUAUAAUAAAGGACUGUCUCUACUUAAAGAAGUACAGCGCAUUUAGGUGAAAAAAGUAAUUAAUUACUUUGCUGGACGUCCAUUUUUUAAUUUAUUUCUGUACUUCAGUGGAUUACGACUCAGGAAGCAACUGUGUUUAACCGAAACAUGUGAACAUUUUUUAAAUGUUAACAGUGGUUCGUUACCAAUAUUUUUAAUGUAUGUACUUAUAGAACAUGUCCAUUAUUUAAAUCAGUAUCACGACUUUCUGGUUGGCAAUACUAGAGCUUGAAAUAAAAUAAGUCUUUAUAUCUA